AUGUCCACCCAACCGGCCAUCAUCUGGCCUUCCAAAUUCCUCCCAGGCACAACCGACAACUUCGUCUCCAACGAAACCAUCGCCGCCAACCUCUCCGCCUCCCAGAUCUGGCCCUUACUAGCAGACAUCACCCAAUGGCCCACCUACUAUCGCAACGUCUCGGAUAUCACGCCCCCUUCCUCGGGUCCACACCUUAAACAAGGCGACACGUUCAAGUUCUCCACCUUUGGCUUCCCCGUCCUUACAUGCCCGGUCGAGGAAUCCGUACCCCCUAAGGAUGGACAAGCAGGACGCAUUGCGUGGAGUUUUGCGUUAGGGGAGGAGGUGAGCGGGUAUCACGCGUGGCUGGUGCAGGACUUGGAGGGCGGGAGAGUGAGGAUUCUGACGCAGGAGAGUCAGAUUGGGAAGCCUGCGGUCGAGCUGAGAGGGAAGAAGCCGAAUCGGAUGUUGCUUGGGCAUCAGGAUUGGUUGGAUGGGUUGGUGGCGAAGGCGAGGGGGGAGGAGAUUGGGGAGACGAAUUUGGGGGUCACGGAGGGGAGGGCUUGA